GGUUAUGUUUGUUUAUGCUAUCUUCUUGUUCAAGUGCAUCACUUCAGUUUCAAUAUGUUUCUUCACACUUCAAGGACUCAACUUCUCUGUUCUGUCUUGCUGGUGUUAAGUAAUAACAAAUGACAAAUCAAACCUGAGUAGAAGUUGUAACAAUUUAGAUGUUUCUUCAUAAAAGGCCAUGGAGAAGGAUUCAGAAAUUCAACGUCGGAUUUGUGGCCUCUUUGAUUCAGAUGGGCUUCGUUCAACCGUGUCCAAGCUACAUUUCCUCUGUGCCUUAGAGCUGUCAUACAAUAACUCUUUUGGGAAAACUCCAUCAGCACCUAAUUGCGGAGCUUUACUGCUUCUGUCUUUUUCUUCUUUUUCUGGUAUGGAACUUGGAAUGAUGGCUUUUGGCUUUCUGGGAGUUAUGGCUUUAAACUUGGACCAUCCAUGGAACCAUGCUUGCUUCUUGUUGGUUGACUUUGACUACAUGAAGAUCUGCCUCGGCAACUUGAAGGCAGUACUUUGUUUGGUGGUAACAGUUAAUGCUACCAGAUUGCAAGAAAGUUCAACUUGUUACCCUGGAGCCCAAGGAAGAGGACAAGUCGCCUCUGCUUUGUGGUGCUGCCUCAGAAUUCAAGGACUUGACGUUUUCUUGUGAAGUGAAAUUCCAAGGUUCAAGAUACUUCUUCAGAAACUUCCAGGACUUGUCUCGUAAGGUGAAAUUCCAGGCUUCCUUCUCAGUGACCCCUGUCUUCUGGACAACUGUUUCUGUUAUACGGCAUCAUCUCUGUGUUAUGCAUGUUUAAUUUCACCAUCUUGUUUGUAAGGAAUGAAGAACAAGCUGCAUGCUCUUUAUAUAAGACGAAAGCCUUGAAUUCGUCAGGCUUUUUUUUUUUUUAGAAACUCUGAGGCUCUUAUUCUUCUCAAGUUUCAAUAUACAUUUUCAUUUUAU